AUGAACAUUUUGGCACCUUCAGGUUAUAAAGAUUUCUUAUGGGCAGUGGAACUCCAUCAUUUCGGUUUUGAAAUAAUCGGCUUGUGGCCUAAAACUGACAAAUUUGCACGUUUGUGGUCUGAAAUUCGUAUAAGUAUUAUUUUAAUUUUAUUAAUAUUUGUUUUAAAUAUUCCGAUGAUAUAUACAAUUACGCAAAUUUGGGAUGACAUGGUACUUGUAAUAAAUAAUUUACAAACAACAUUACCCUUCGUAGCAGCAUCAGUGAAAUAUGUUAUUAUGCGAUGGAAACGAACAGUUUUUUCGUCGAUUGUGAAUAUGAUGGCGGAAGAUUGGAUGGUACUCAAGUUAGAUGCAGAAAGAAAUGUGAUGAUACGACAAGCACGAAUUGCUCGAUUAAUCAUGAUUAUUGGAUACUUUUUUGUACUAGUAGGGUUUUUCGCAUUAUUCAUUUCUUCUUAUUUUGGAAUCAAAGAUUCAGAGAUAACAAAUUUCACGAAUGCGGACAAGCAGUUACCUCUUCAGACAUAUUACUUUUAUGAUAUAAAUAAGAGUCCACAGUACGAAUUGACAUAUUUUAUUCAUUUUACAACAGUCUUGUUCGGAGCUAUUAUUUACAUGUGUAUAGAUAUUUUCUUAAUACUAAUAACUCUUCACAUUUGUGGCCAAUUAGAGAAUUUUAGAUGCCGAUUAUCUAAAUUGGUCUCUUGUAAAGAUUUCAACAAAACUUUGAAUAAUAUCACAUCGACACAUUUACGACUUAUCAGGUAUAAA